AUGGCCGUGGAGGUGUUUCCCCGGGGAACGAUUAUCGUCCACGACCUGGAUGGCUCGCAGUAUACGACCACGACGGACACCACAGUACCAGGACCUGGCGCUCUAGGCGGAAAGGCUAUCAAGGCACUCGGAAAAUUCACGAUCCGCGGUAUCGAUCGUGUUAUCAUCAGCGCGCGCUUAAAAACGAUAACCUCAAAAUUUCCGCACAGUAAUGAGGAAGCUGCUGGGAUCAAGGGAAUUCAGGAUAUGUAUGGCGUCGUGCUCGAGCUCUCGAGGCUUGGCAUGUACAAUGACGAGCUAAGAAAUAAAGCCCUGCAACUUCUUUUCGUUCAGAUCAGAGACGGCAACACACAAGUAUUAAUUAACUCUAUAGCACGAUGGCACAUGGUCGAAGUCGAACUCCUCCUGCCAGAGAUCGUUGAACGUUUCGUACCUCUGAGGAAAACGACUUGGGGUCGGGAGAGACUCCCUGCAGUCGUUCGCGAACAUGUUCUGCCCGAUCUCACCGUCGUUACCCAACCACCCCGCCUUACAGCUCCCAUCCAAAAGGCAAUCAAGGAUGCACAUGCCCAAGACAAAAAGUUCUCCAGUGCUCUUAAGCAGAGCUUUCGCCCGAUCCUCUUGUUCCUAGCUGAGAUAGCAGGAAUUAGUAUGGGAGCUCGCAAGGCAGUUUUCCAGGCCGGAUACUUGGAUCUACUUCUCCUGGCGAUGAAGCAUCGACCAGAACUGGAGAAUAUUCCGACGUUAUUCCAAGCUUUCCUCAAUCACCCUCGGCUGAUGACGCCAGUCAUACGGGAAAGGAUUUUGACACUUGUUGUCAUCGAAGUGUCUCGCAACCGCAUCGACCACGUUAUCACUGCGCUGUCCCAUUGGAGCAUUGAUGACUUGCAUGUCCUCCUCUCAGAAUUGGAGGGAAAUACUCCUUUCUUUCGAGCACUGAGCAACGCAACUGCUCCUUCGAUCGGAUCCCCUUCAGUUUUGGAGCACAACAUCGAUUUUCUGUUCAGAGUCAGCGAGCUCGGUACUUCGCAGUUGCAAGCUGUGUUCAAAGUCGGGUUUCUCGAGAUCAUUGAAAAUGCCAACGACCGAAGUGUUGCUUAUGAGGAUAGUCGGAUCGUACCACUACUUUUCAAACCUCUCAAGCCAGAUUCUGACUUGCAAACCUAUCGAUCUAAAGCACUCGAUCUCCUCAUCGCACGAAUCCUUCGCCGGAAUACCACUCAGAUUCUCUCUCUGCUCGCGUCACGGGAUUCCAAGGACCUUGAGCCUCUCCUUCGCGACAUUUUCAAGCGUGUCGGCCCUCGUGGAUUCAAUUCAGAUCCCAACCUCCCAUUCGUUCCCCAACGCCAGCAUAUGUUCCACAGCCGUGAUGGGCUCUACCACUUUGACCAAGAGAGAACCGUCUCAGUCAUGCUUUUCGUCGGUUCGGUGUCCCAGAUCAGCGAAGAGGCGUUCCAGGUGGUUAUCAAGGCUGGCUUUCUCGACGCUCUGUUGGUUGUCCAGUCGCCAGGAACUUACUCAAACAAAGUCCGCAAGCAAGCCCUUGAUCUCUUGGUUUUCCAGAUCUGCCGAGGAGAAGCUCGAUAUAUGCUCGAGAAUAUGGCGGAAUGGUGCAACAUCGAGCUCUCGCGUGUCAUUUGGGAAAUAUCCGCCCAGUUUCCUCCGAUGUGCAAUCGUCGGGCAUUGGAAGAUCUCUUCAAACGUCCUGAGCAAGCUGUUGCCCUCUCGGCCGUUUAUUUGCAGCGACUGCUGUCGUUCAUGGCUGGCUUGGCUCAGAUCAACGAACCCACCAGUCAGAUCGUCCUCCAGACUGGAUUUAUGAACGUGCUUUUGGCACUACAAAAAGGGAAAGCUGGUACAGACGACCAUCAAGAUAUCAAUGAACUAGUUUUGACCAUACUGCAAAAGCCGCAGCUUUACGAACCGAAGACGAAGAGAAAGGCUCUUGCGUAUAUUUCUGUCCAAAUGGAGGGCGAAGGCACUCCUAUCCUGAAGGUUAUCGGCAGCAGGAGCACCUCGGAUCUGGAACAUUUGAUAUCUGGAAUGCUGGAGCAAUUCAAUUUCGGCGGAAACCUUAUCCUGCACCCUCCUCGCCAGGAUGAAAUCAUAAAGGAUUCUGACAUGAGCACACUUGGAACCUGUGUCCUCAUCUUCUCCAAAGUCAUCCUUAAGCAUCGAUUCGCGUUCCAAGCCCUGAUUAAUGCUGGGAUCUUGGACAUCCUCCUCGCAAUCCAGGAUCGCCACUACAGCAUCGACGCCGUCAACGGCAUAUACGACAUCGUCUUGACGUCCAUAUAUCUAGACAGCGUCAGCGAUAAGGCGCUGAGGAUCAUCGCGUUCCAGAUCACCCACCAGUCUGGGUGUCUCCUGGCCAUUUUGGAGAGGUACGGGACGCAGGAGUUCCAACUUGUUGUUCCUGCCAUAUUACAAGGCGUCAAGCCUGUCCAGUAUCCUGAAGACGUUCGCAAAAGAGUGUUGGACUUCUUCAUAACGAACCUUAAAAGAAAGCGAUACCCUCUCCUCAUGGAUGUUCUACGCAAAAUGGACGACCUUUCCCUCAAGGUCCUCGUCUCGGAUCUGCUUUCUCAUUCCCAAAAGUUCUGGAUAAAACACGAAUUUCAAAACAUUACUCAAUGGAUACCGAACGCGCAGCUCAUUUCUUGCAUCUCGUUCAUGGCAAAUGUCUCGCGCAUCAGUACCACUGCGUGCCAGGCGGUUCUCGACACUGGCUUUCUCGACACCUUAGCAUCCGUCUCCGAAAAUACGACGCCGGUGUCUCAAGAAGCAGACCCCCUUGUACAGCUGCUGGGAGGCGAUUCCGCGGGGUGCGAAACCCUGUUCCGCAGGACUGUCAACUCCUUCCUGCUUGACGCUAUGGCCCAUCCUGAACACCGCGAGCUCGUCUUCCACCAUCCCAUAUAUCCCCCAUUCCCGGAGGUUGUUGAACCUCAACACCAGCAAACAAUCACCGCCAGCCCGAGCGACCUAGGAUUCCUCCUCGGCUUGUGGCAGUUUACUCAGAUCCAGGAGAACAUGGAGACCCUCGCUCUCGACACCGUACUCCUUCACGACAACACAGCUGCAGCCAACGACCUUCCUGGCAUUGCCCUCGCGAUCGAUCUUGCAGAGACCAGCCCACUCUCCGAGAAGCUUGGCGCCUCCGACCUUAAUGAGGUUGAUUUUGUGCUCAGCGCAGAGAGCCUCGAUGAGCUUGAUGUAUUCGGCCUCCGUGCAGGUCUCGACAAGUACGCAAAGGUGAGCCUGGCGCUUGUCAAGGGCCUUGGCGCACUCGCGGAGACCGCGGGCAAGACCAUCGUGAACGAGAGCGUUCUUCAAGACUUGCUAUUGUGCCUCGGUGGUGACUUCGGCGACGGCCUCAACUUUAAUGUCAUCUCCAGCGUCAGACAUCCUGGUAGUCGUCUUUACAGGGGCUUUGAAAAGAUUACAAAGGUGUGGAUGUCUUCGUCCGCUAUCGUUGAUGUGAAGAAAAAUAGAGUUUCAGUCGGUCAGCAAUAUACGAAAGGUUCAGACUCAGAUCCGGCAAUCCCCGACAGCGGUCAAGCCCAGGAGGAGGCCGUUCCAGACGACGUCUUCGCGUAUCACGACGGCGAACGCGACUUUCGCUGUGAAAAUAUGAGUUUAGCUUUCCUACACGCGCACGAUUGUUCAGAACCACACUCUGAUGCUGUGUGGGGAGUAUCCUGGACCGCUAAUGACACCGCAAUUUCUGUAUCUGCCGAUGGUUCAGUGAAGCAAUGGUCGGCAGUCACUGGACAACCCCACCCAGCAAACGUUACCUUCCCUGCGCCGCAUACACUCGCUCAAGUUUCUCUAUCAGUGUCGUCCGACGGAAAGAAGGCACUGUAUAACAGUAUUGAAGGUCUUACACAGUUGUGGAGCUUAGAAAAUGGUGAAAUAGCCGGGAAAUUUGAAAGCUACGCUCGAACGAAGGACUCAGCUUCUGAGCCGUCAUGGUCUGUUUCAUUGCACCCUCAAACGGCAACAUAUGCAUCGACUGGAGCAUCUGGAAAUGUAUACAUUCAUUCGGCGGAGACCAGCAACUUCGGAGAGAGAUUAUCGACUUUAUCUUCGGGCAGAAACAAAUUCGGGAUGUUUUGUGCGCAUAGCCCAGACGGUCGUCGAGUCGCCAUGUCCUCGGAACCAGGGCAGAUUUACAUCUUCGACAUUGAAUCGAGUUCUUUGUCGAUUACGUUCACCUCGCACGCCAUGUCCGUGCGCUCCGUCGCCUGGUCUCCUGACUCGAAUCUGCUAUUGAGUGCUUCAGAAGAUAAGCGCCUCGUGUUGCAUGACGUUCGCUCCGCUCCAGGAGGAGCAGUAGCUUCUUUCUCUGGACAUUCUUCAUGGGUUCUGAGCACUGACAUAUCACCCGACGGACGAUUGGGGCUUUCCGGAUCUGCGGAUAAAACAAUCAAAGUGUGGGAUAUCGGUGCGCGUGCAGCAGUCUCGACUGUGCAAGACACUGGAGAAGUGUGGUCGGUCUCAUGGCGGCCCAAGGUACCAGCUGUUGGUAGUCCAGGGGCAUUCGUCAGCGGCGGUGAAGAUGGUGUGGUGCGAUGGUGGAGAGGAGCUGGAUCUGGCGGCCCAUAA